GCCACACAGCUCCACAUUGGGCAGCCUUGUGCUGCGCUUUCUCGCGUCCGCGUGGCCGCAGGAUACUCCUUUGCAUCCCUGCUCCACCCCUGCGACAGAUCCUAGAUGGGCGGCGCCUGCACGACACCGCAAGAGGUCGAGUACGAGGUCGUGCUGCACACGUACAAUGCAUGUACAGGCCCGGCCCAGGCUUUCCUCGGCUUGCUGGGCGGCGGCGGCGCCUACGUCUCGGGCAUUGAGGUCGGCGGCGCCGAGUACUCGUUCGAUGAUCGGGGAUGUCAUCAGACGGAGCCCGGCAAGCCUGCCUCGAGCGCCGCGGCGAGCGAGAAGGAGCGACGGGUCCUGGGCAGUGCAACGAUGACGCCGGCGCGGCUGCGAAAGAUCAUUCGCAGCGUCCAGCGCGAGUUCAAGCCGGCGAAGGAGCAACGGACGCCGUACACGUACGACCUCGUGUCGCGCAACGGCAAUCAUUUUUCUACGGCGCUGGCCCUGGCGCUGGGUGUGGACCCGCCGCCGCCGUCCCUCAACGCGCUCGCGAACACAGCGAAUAUGGCCGCGAACCUGCUGGGCUCCCUCGCGGGCCAAUUCGGCGGCGCGAUGGGCCAGGCGUCCGCGAACGCGCAGACGCCCAACGCCGUCGCCGUGCCGAUGCACGCGCCGGUACCCGUGGCGCAGGGGAUCUCAUAACA